AUGGCUCAGCCUCUUAUUCUCGGUCUCUGGUCCAUCGUUCUCGAGCCUGGAAAGACCUACUCGCAGAACACGAGCCCCGCCAUCCAGAUCACCAACGUCUCGUACGGCGCUGAGGUCAAGGGCAAUGCUCGCUCGGCCGUCACGAUGAAGUACCCGGAGUUUGAGCAGGACAGCGACGACGAGGAGGAUGACGAGGAGGAGGAGGACGAGGACGAGGACGACGAGAACAUCAAGCUCCCCAAGAUCAUCACCAAGGAGCCGGUCCUCGCUGUCCUCAGGCCCAACGCGAUUGAGCAGGCGUCGAUCAACGUCACCCUCGUCGAGGACGUCGAGGUUGUCGAGUUCUCCGUCACUGGCGAGAACCCCGUCCACCUCGUUGGCCACUAUGUCCGCCAGGAAGACUUCGACCAGCCUCCCUCGGACUACGACUCGGAGGAGGAGUACGGUUCAGACUUUGACGACGAGGACGACUUUGACUCGGAGGGCAUGUCGGGCUUGAUCGAUGACGACGAGGAGGACGACGAGGACAUGGAGGAUGCGGCGGACCGGAUUCAGGAGAUUGAGGAGCCGAAGAAGGCUGCCUCGAAGAAGCGCCCCGCAGACGAGACCCCCGCCGGCGCCGACGACUCGACCGUCUCCGCCGCGUCCGUCGCCGGUCUCUCGAAGAACCAGAAGAAGAAGCUCGCCAAGAAGCAGAAGGCCGAGAAUGGCGAGGCUGUUGCCCCUGCUGCCGAGGAGAAGAAGGCUGCUGAGCCCAAGAAGGCCGAGGCGAAGAAGGACGAGCCCAAGAAGGAUACCCGCAAGACCCAGGUCCUCGCCGGCGGCCUCGAGAUCACCGACUUCAAGGAGGGCACCGGACCUGCGGCCAAGGCUGGCAGCAAGGUCGGUAUGCGCUACAUCGGCAAGCUCGACAACGGCAAGGUCUUUGACUCCAACACGAAGGGCGCGCCUCUCGUGUUCAACCUCGGCCGUGGCCAGGUCAUCAAGGGCUGGGAUCUCGGCGUCGUCGGCAUGAAGGUCGGCGGCGAACGCAAGCUCGUCAUCCCCGCCGCGCUCGCGUACGGCAAGCAGAAGAUUCCUGGGAUCCCGCCCAACAGCCGCUUGACCUUUGACGUGAAACUUCUUUCUCUUUCUCCUUCUUCUUCCUCUUCUUCCUCUUCCCGCCGUUGA